AUGGAUAUCACCUUUCUAUUCAAGAACAAGGAAACCUGGGAGGAAAUGCUGGCAGUUGGGGGCCUUGCACUCUCCUUAGCCUACAGCCUGCCUGGCACCCCCCAGGAGGGCCCCCAACCAGAAAAAACAGGACUUCCCCCACUUCUGGAGCUCCUCUGGAGGCCAGGGCACACAUGGAGGGGGCCAGGCACUGUGCCAGAUAUUAAGGAAGCAGAGACCCCGAAAAGGAGACCAGACCAGGAGCGUUCACCCUCAAACCUGGGUACGGGGCACACAGAACUGCUUAUGAGCUUUGCAGGUACCCAGGCCUCGCCCCUGCGGUUCAGAUUCACUGUCAAAACCGCCCUAGGAGCUCAUACAUAG